GCUGGGCUGGGAGUUUUCGUGAAUUUCUUUCUUUUGUGGCAGCGAAAUAAAAGUGAAAAUAUAAUUAUUUGAUAUUAUCAUAACAAAUAAAAAUGGCAGAAAUAUCGUGGCCUUGGCAGUAUAAUUUCCCACCGUUCUUUACAAUCCAGCCACAUUCAGAAACGAGAGCAAAGCAAUUAGAAGCGUGGGAACAGUUGAUAAUAGACUACUUGAAGGAAACAAAACAGUCCACUAUAGACAUAAGGGAGUCACAGAAUAGCCCUUUAUUCAAUAAUACAUCUAUAAAUAGAAAGUUAUCACAAGAAGCCAUUCUGACUGUUUUAGAUGACAUGGUUAAGACGGGAAAGGCAGCGCCUAUAGAUAAAAGUAAAACUAUAUGGGAAAUAUACUGGCAUUCGCUGGAUGAAUGGGGCAACAUGGUGUACAACUGGGCCUGCAAUAAUGGAAUGAACAAUUCUGUUUGUACUUUAUUUGAAUUGAGGGAAGGAGACAACACUACUGAUGAAGAGUUCCACGGUCUAGACAUGAACGUACUUGUGAAGGCACUAAAAACACUAGAACUGAAAGGCAAAUGUGAACUGAUAGAAUUUGAUGAAAACCAAGGUGUGAAGUUCUUCUGAGCGACUGUUAGAUAGUGUUCCUACCCCCGGUUACUGACUUCGACGCAAAAUUAACAGUUUUUAAAGCAUUAUCAGAGGAUAAAACGCGGGUGCCUCAGAGUUACGACCUACCCGCGAUUUCUGUUUUAUACAUUUUUCUUAAACCCAUAUCAACCCAAUCAUGAAAUACUAGGCUGUAUGGAUUAUGUCCAUUGCCUAUUCAGAGAAUGAUUAAAAAGUAAUAACACAACAGGAAUUUCUAUAAUUCAUUGUACUAAGUAUCUAAUUCAUUGAUAUACCGCUAGAUGGCGCUAACUAAAAGCUGAUAAUUUUCGUGGUGGAGCUCAGAAAAAGGGGGUGAAUCGAUUAAUAUUGUAAGUACAUUUUAUUUUCUAUAUGAAAAUGUUGAAUGCAUUUUGUUAAGUUAUAGCUAUUUUAAUGUUGGAAUAUAUUGCCUCAUAUUUUUUA